AUAAAAAUCGUUCCUUUUGGAUAAUCUCUCCCUCCCUUGUUCUUGGCCUUGGCUUCAGGUGUUCGAUGCUGCAUCCUUCCUGCCACCUGGAUAACAGUGGGAAUCAACUUUUGAUCAUUUUCCAUGCGUUAUUCCGGUGUUUAAUCCUCUUUUCCCUGGUAAAAAUCCUUCCUUUUGUGCCAAGUCCAUCCAUCCCUCCGUUGUUCUUUGCCUCUGCCCGGCUUGAGGUGCCACUACUUGGAUUCUCUUCCCUGCCCUCCUCUGUUUACAGCCUCCUGGUUUCACUCCCAGUUGCUUUGUCGUGUUUGCCAUCUCUGUCCGUCAAUUGGUUGGUGGCCUCCUUCCUUCGUUGUUAUCCUUUCCUUUCUGCCUCGCUCUUGGCCAUUUCUUCAAGCAUUGUUCUGCUCACGCCUGCUCUUUUCGUAGGGUGAUCUUGCUUUAAAGGACGCAUCGUCUUUUGACGGCCGCCUUUCUUGGCAGUGGGUAAUUCCACUUUGUUGGAGUGGUUCUUUUUCGCCAAGAUUUGGUUUUUCGAUUUCGGGGGGAGUGGAAGCGUCGAUGGCGGCCGUAAAGAUUUGAUUUUUUAUUUCGCUCUUGUGUGUGCUCCCAGAUAGGAUUGGAUUCUUGGGUUGGUCGAGAGCAGAUGAUGCCAUUGCUUGCGGUUGCCGGAUAGAGAUGCGAGGGGUUGUGGGCGCUGCCGGUGGCGGCCACGUCGAGGCCAGGCAUCGAUCCGUCGGGAGUCCUUAGAAAAGAGUAAUCAGUAAGUCUCCCUAGUGGCUGAAACUAUGAACAAUGAUGGGAACUUGCAGAGUAGGAAAGCUAUGUCAUCAUGACAAACUACACCCUUUAUCAACAGACAUGAUAUUGGUAUUGGAGACCUACAUUUGACAUGGACGGUACCAGAUUUUAGCUUCUGUUAACAAAUGUUUACGGAAACAAAAGAAGGUCCCACAAGAGCAGUGACUUCAAACAAGCUGACAGGCCAUUCAACAAUCUUUUUACAGAGAGGAGUUCAGCCUGGAAGAUAUAUUCUUUGAAACUUGUCUUGAUAAUCAUUGUCUGUGGCACCUUUUUAACUCUUCUCCACCCUCCAGCAGCUUAUCAUAAUGAGCAUUCCUUGCAUGCUGGUUCUAGGUUUAUGGAUGUUGGACGGAUUUGGGACAAAUCCAAACCUGAUUCGCGAUAUUUGUCGAAUUCAAAUGUUGAUUGGGCUCAAAUUUCAAAAUGUGCGGAAGCGAUGGACUCCAGUAAAGGAAAUAUGAAGAUUGGCUUACUAAAUUUUAACAUUUCUGAGAUCAACCAUUGGCACCAGCUCUUACCAAACGCAGGAUUUUCUGUCAUACAACUUGAUUCUGCAGAUAGUAAUAUUACUUGGGAUGUACUGUAUCCUGAAUGGAUUGACGAGGAAGAAGAAUCCGAGGUCCCCUCUUGUCCAAAACUUCCUGAACCGAAGUUCUCUAAAGGUUUCCGUUUUGACCUCAUCGCCGUCAAGCUUCCUUACAGUAGCUCAGCCAGCUGGUCAAGAGAUGUUGCUCGGUUGCAUUUGCAGCUUACAGCUGCUAAGGUUGCUGCAGUUUCUUCAGGAGAUCAGUACCCUGUGCAUGUGCUUUUUGUGACCAGCUGUUUUCCAAUCCCAAACCUAUUUACAUGCAAGAACCUCGUCAUGCGAGAGGGAGAUAUGUGGUUAUACAAACCAGACCUGCAACUGUUAAAGGAGAAGUUACAGCUUCCUGUUGGAUCAUGUGAGCUCGCACUCCCACUUGAAGCAAAAGAGCGGCCGUUUUCCUAUACUCCUCACCGAGAAGCAUAUGCCACCAUUCUCCACUCUGCCAAUGUUUAUGUAUGUGGUGCUAUUGCUGCAGCCCAAAGUAUCCGUUUAGCAGGAUCAAAGAGAGACCUAGUUAUACUUGUUGAUGAAACAGUCAGUGAUCACCACAGAAGCGGUCUUGAAGCUGCAGGAUGGAAGAUAAAAACAAUCACCAGGAUCCGAAAUCCUAAGGCCGAGCAUGAUGCUUACAAUGAGUGGAAUUACAGCAAAUUCAGGCUCUGGCAGCUCACAGAGUAUGACAAGGUCAUAUUUAUCGAUGCUGACCUUCUUGUCCUAAGAAACAUCGAUUUCUUGUUCACUAUGCCUGAAAUCACUGCAACAGGGAACAAUGUAACAUUUUUCAACUCUGGUGUAAUGGUUAUUGAGCCUUCAAACUGCACAUUUCAGUUGUUAAUGGAUCAUAUCAAUGAGAUAGAGUCCUACAAUGGUGGGGAUCAGGGUUACUUGAAUGAAGUCUUUACAUGGUGGCACCGUAUACCAAGGCGCAUGAACUUCUUGAAGCAUUAUUGGAUUGGUGAUGAGAAGGAGAUUAAAGAGAUGAAGACUCAUUUGUUUGGUGCUGAUCCGCCAGUUCUUUAUGUUCUCCACUAUUUGGGUCUAAAGCCAUGGCUGUGUUUCCGAGACUAUGAUUGCAAUUGGAAUGUGGACAUAAUGCAGGAAUUCGCAAGUGAUGUGGCACACACAACAUGGUGGAAAGUGCACGAUGUGAUGCCGAAACACUUGCAGAGCUUCUGUCUUCUGAGAACAAAGCAAAAAGCUGCCUUGGAGUGGGAUCGGAGGCAGGCGAAGAAGGCAAAUUAUUCCGACGGCCAUUGGAGAAGAAAAAUAACUGACCCUCGUCUGAAAAAGUGUUUCGAAGAUUUUUGUUACUGGCAGAGCAUGUUGUGGCAUUGGGGUGAUCCCAACUGGUCAGAUGAGAACUUGACAUCCAACUCCCUUGCAAAACUACCCAGUUUAUAGUCUCUUCCCUUGUUCUUGCUUUCACUAUCUUGCUGAAUUCUUUCUCCAUAGGUAACUAGGUAUUUAGGUAGGCUGUUACCUCCAGAGUUCGACGAGAUGAUACCCGCAAAUAUUUUACAUAAAUUAGAGUAUAAAUAAUGACAUGCUGUUUUUGUUUUCCCUUGAUUUCAUGUUUAUUGGCAAGUUCAAUAAAAACAUUAGAUUUCACUUC